AAUGAGGAAAUAAAAAAAAAGACACACACAGACACAUCGUCCUCUGCUGCACACGCCUGAAUCCACCUGAAAACUUCACGCCUUUAUUCGUUUUCUGUCUGCAACAGGUGAAGGAAAACCCGCUGAGUCAUGUCUAAGACCUCCACUCUGAAGAUCAGCCGCGCGAGCGCUGGACAGGUGGAAAUCUUCCGCCAGGGCCUCUAUCAGGAGGCAGAUAAUCUGUUCUCCAACUACAUCCCCCUGAAGAUCGUGCAGCUGGAUGCUUUUCUCAAGGAUGAUGCCCUCAACAUCUCAGACAUGAGCUCGCUGCACGCUCCCCUCGACAUCCCCAUACCGGACCCUCCAUCCCCGGAGGAGGAGGAAAUGGAGACAGACAAGAAUGAAGAGGAUGAGAAGAAGAAGAAGAAAGCUCCUAAAUGUGGCUACAUCAAGGGGAACGAGAAGAUCACGGCGCUCCUGGAGAAGGUGAAGCCGGAGAUCGUCGCUCUCAGAGAGAGCAUCAACGUUAUCUCCUGUUGGAUUCAGCACCUCAUCCCAAAAAUAGAAGACGGGAAUGACUUCGGUGUUGCCGUCCAGGAGAAAAUCUUGGAGAGAAUCGGUGCUGUGAAGACCAAAGUCGAGACUUUUCAGGUCAACAUCAACAAGUACUUUUCAGAGAGAGGAGACGCUGUCGCAAAAGCUUCCAAAGAUACUCAUGUGAUGGACUACCGCUCGCUAGUCCACGAGAAGGACGAGACCGUCUACUCCGAGAUCAAAGUCAUCGUUAUGGACAUCCGCGGCUUCUACGCUGAACUUUACGACAUCAUCAGCAAGAACCUGGAGAAGGUGACCAACCCGAAAGGAGAGGAGAAACCGUCCAUGUACUGAAGGAGGAGGCGUUCAGGGACAGAUUCUGUAGUCAUCAGGAUGCAUUCAAUAUCAAUCAACUCUCUCUGUUUAGCAAUGAUAAAAAUCAGUUCCCAAUUUUGCUUAUUCAUCUCGAUAAACAGUAAAGGUUUUUAACACUGCUAUGGUAUUAUGACACUUUAGGUUUGUACCUGAGUUGUACAACAAUGAAUUAAAAAAAACCAAUAAAAACAGUAAAAAUAAAAACUUGUUUU